CUGCUAUGAGGACCAAGAGAGCCUCUAUAAAGGCCAGCAGCAGAUUUUUACUGGGUUUCUGUCAGUUUCUGUCUCGACCGGAUCACCACAGUCCGCCAUCGGCCUGACAUUGAUUAAUCAUUCUGUUUUAUUGUGAGGAUAAAGUACAACAGUAGCAGCCAUGUCUCAUGUAUGGGGAUACAGUGCAACUAAUGGACCUGACAAAUGGGUAAAAGAUUUUCCUGUGGCCAACGGGCCCAGACAGUCUCCUAUCAACAUUUUACCCAAACAGGCCCAAUAUGACUCUUCUUUGACGGCCCUGGAACUCAACUAUGACCCCUUCAAUGCCAAAGGUAUUCUCAACAACGGUCACUCCUUCCAGGUGGACUUUGUGGAUGACUUAGACAGCUCAACCUUGAAUGGAGGCCCCAUUUCAGGAACGUACCGUCUGAGACAGUUUCAUUUUCACUGGGGAGCCAGUGAUGACAGAGGCUGUGAACACACUGUCAAUGGGAUCAACUUUCCCUGUGAGCUUCACCUGGUGCACUGGAACACAAAGUAUCCAAGCUUCGGAGAGGCAGUCAGCCAGCCUGAUGGACUUGCUGUAGUUGGAGUCUUUCUCAAGAUUGGUGCUGCCAACCCCAGACUUCAAAAAGUUUUGGAUGCUUUGGAUGUCAUUAAGACAAAGGGAAAGCAGACUACUUUUGCUAACUUUGACCCAAAGACACUUCUACCAGUUUCUCUGGAUUAUUGGACCUACGAGGGAUCUCUGACCACACCCCCCCUGUUGGAGAGUGUCACCUGGAUCGUCCUCAGGGAGCCAAUCAGUGUCAGCUCUGCACAAAUGGCCAAGUUCCGCAGCCUUCUCUUCACCGGGGAAGGUGAAGCUCCAUUCUGCAUGGAGGACAAUUAUAGACCCCCUCAGCCUCUGAAGGGCCGUCUGGUCCGCGCUUCCUUCAAAUGAACCCAGCUUCAUCAACACAGUUCCUUUACCCUUUUGCUUAUUGGUCAAUCCUUUCCUUAACCUUCUUUCUCCCAUUUUAUUGUUUUGCUACAUGCAGGGUUUAUUCAACCCUUAGUAGUCUUUAGGUAUCAACUUGAAAAGUAGAGGAACAAUAUACCUAGAUAUACAUGGACAACAGACAUUACACAGAUGUAAAUAAUGUUUACAAAUUUUAUUAAAUGUGAUUCUUAUUCUUUGACAAUAUAGAGAACACACAAAAUGUCCAACAUUUAAAAAUUACAUUACAUUUUCCAGUCUAACAUGGUUAGCAGGGGACUACCAACAAUGGGACGGGAAUUCUGAACCUUGAUCUACCCCUGUUGUCCUGUUAUAAAUCUUUUAUUUUCUGGCCAGGCUUUAAGUAACAAUCUAUAGUGCCCAUGUAUGUGCGACAAGACAUUCUUAGGCCAAAUCCCAUUUCACCCAUUGGCCCUGCCCCUUCAUUUUGCACGUUCACCCCCUCCUAACGGAGAUUUUUCAGACCCUCACUUCUAACGGAGGGGUACCCAGAAUGUAAAUUGUGAGAGUCCCACAAAUGUAGUAUUUUCUCCAUUAAUAAGGAUACAAAAAUUACGAAAAACAAUUGUAAUAUCUUAGUUUUAUACUAUUUUAAUGUAUUAUGGUCAAAACCUUAGAAAAAAAGAUAGCGAUCGCUCUAGCAUUACCAUACUACUGUAGCAUGCAAGCGAUCUUUUAUUGCAAUGUCUACCGACCCAAAAACUCUGAAAAAAAAUUAUUCCCGCGAUUUGUUAUGGUUCCUCUAUUUUAGAAUUGCAUGCUUGAGUGACUGCGAAUGAGCUUCCUUAUGCUUCCCUCAUGACAAGCCAAAUGGGAGUCUCUCUAACAUGGCCUUUCCCCCUGUUCCCGCUCUUUCAGUUGCUGAGAUUGUUAAAGCAAAUGUUUCUAUUGAUGGCUCAUUUUGACAGUUUGAGAAAAAUUUAUAACAACUGCAAUGGCAGAAUUACAGAAAAGAUAUUAUUCAUGGGGGCACUGCCAAUCAACUGAUACUUAUGCAAGUGUUUUAAAACUCAUAUACAACAGACCUGUAAUGGUGGAAAAAUAAAUAUAUUUAAUAUCCCACACUUAAUAUCCCAUAUAUGAAUUCUGCAAUGAUUCAUUGUCAUUUGGAGACAUAGUCAUCACUUGUCAGAGAUAAGAGGAGGGAUGAAGUAGGGGUAGGCGGCUGUGUCUUAGAUAGGGGUUAACUUAAUUUGUUUACACAAGCUAAAGUAUCAGCAUAUUUCAUUAAAAUGGUAUACAUUGUCAACAAUAUGCAGCCUUGACAGCUGUCACAAUACGAAUGGAAACAUAUUUUGUUUUAAUCUGUCAUGGUAUUUAAGGUGAAGAAUGUAUCAAUUAAAACUCUUUAAAUAUA